AUGUCUCGUGCCAAGGAGCGGCUGAAAGGCGGGAAGGAGACCAAGGACAGCGUCACUCUGCUGCCGUGCUUUUACUUUGUAGAGCUCCCCAUCCUGGCCUCCUCUGUUGUCAGUCUUUAUUUCCUGGAGCUGACGGAUAUUUUCCAGCCGGUGCAUUCUGGGUACACUUGUAAUGACCGCAGUCUGUCGCUGCCCUACAUCCUGCCCCGACAGGAAGUCUGCCCACUGCCUCUGCUCUUCAGCCUGGCCUUCGCCGCUCCCACUGUCACUAUUUUAAUAGGCGAGGCCAUCUUGUACUGCUAUCUGUCCAGGAGGUCGUCAGCCACACAGACUGAGGCCAACAUCAACGCUGCAGGCUGUAAUUUCAACUCCUACAUUCGCAGGGCUGUACGCUUCAUAGGCGUCCACAUCUUCGGCCUGUGCGUGACGGCGCUGAUAACCGACAUUCUUCAGCUGUCCACCGGUCAGCAUACUCCCUACUGGCUGGAUGUGUGCAAACCCAACUUGACCCACAUUAACAUGUCCACAUGUGAUGAAGCUUUUAUUCUGGAGGAUAUCUGCGCUGGACAAGACAUAGGGCUCAUCACUGCUGGGAGGAAGUCUUUCCCCUCCCAGCACGCGACCCUGGCUGCAUUUGCUGCUGUCUACAUCUCAAUGUACUUCAACACGGUGUUGACAGACUCAGCCAAGCUGUUGAAGCCUCUGCUGGUGUUCUCUUUCGUCAUGCUGGCCAUCCUGGCCGGGUUAACCAGGAUCAUCCAGUUCAGAAACCACCCUGUUGACGUCUACUGUGGGUGGUUGCUGGGAGCUGCCAUCGCUGUUUAUCUGGGUGUAUACGCUGUGGGGAAUUUCCAGCCAAGUGAAGAUCGAUCCAGAAGUCGACCACCUCCCCCGAUCCUGAGAGAGCCCCCCCUCUCCUCCCUGCCCAAUGUCAGCCAAUCAGCAGUGAGCAACAGCCACCCAGUUCACCACACCCUGGCUCCCAGCCAACCAGAGCCCAUCAUCACGAGGACCUCUUCCCACGCCUUGUCUGCCGACCAACCAUUACCCAUCUUGACACGGAGCGCCUCGUACCGGGAGCCCUCUAUGACCAGUAUGAAGAGAGCCAGUGCUGAGGUGGAAGUGAUAAGUCCAUCCAGUCCGCUAGGCAAUCGCGACAACAUGAUGACCUUUAGCAGCAGCACACUGCCAAGGUCCCACGGAGGGUCCUCGCUGGAGGAGGGUCGUAUUCCACGACGUCACGCCUCCAUCCACGCCUCAAUGGACUCGACCCGAUCCAAACAGCUCCUCAGCCAAUGGAAGAAUAAGAACGACAACAGGAAGCUGUCUCUCCAGGUGAUGGAUGGAAUAAGGCCGGCCUCCUCUUCAUCUCCUCAGAGGAACAUGGAGCUGCGUUGCUCCUCCGAACCAUCUGCCAUGGGCCUGGAGGCAGAGCUCCGCGCUGGGACCCACCUGCCUUUAGUCAUAGCCCAGGAAGCAGAGCUACGCGCUGGUGCCCACAUCCCAGUUCAGUACAUGAAACUAGCAGCGAGCUCUGUUCCCAUGGCCAACCAUAAUCACAUGGUCCAUAAUGGCAGCACCGGAUUGGCUGGUGGGGCCAGAGUGUCUAUCCAGUCCCGGCCCGGAUCCUCCCAGCUAGUUCACAUUCCUGAGGAGGAAAAUCCCACCUGCAAGGAUCAGGAGAGUGAAUCAGAGGACAGCAUUAUGGAUGGAGGUGGAUCAGUGAGGGAAAAAUGGUUGAGAGUGGCCGAGAAGACCACCAUCCCCUGCAGGCCGCUCAGUGCUGGAGGACAGCCACGUCUAAUGCAGGUGAUAGCCUUAUCCAAACAGCAGGGUCUGCUUCACUCUCCUCGGUCGGAGGACGGCGGCAGCACUGUCAGCUGCACAGGAUCCAUUCGGUACCGAGCUCUGACGGACCAGGACCCAUCACCACCUGCCUCCACCACUGGAGCAGUUGGAGGAGGAGGAGGAGGUUUAGAAAGAACUGGCAGUAUAGUCCGUGUCGAAGCCCACCCAGAGUCCAGAUCCAACAAACCAAUCGUGAAACCUCCUAGCACUGACGGAAGCGGCUCCUGGAGAUGGAAACCACCAGAUCAACGCGCUUCCCUCCGACAGUCAGCGUUUAACCUCAAUGACCUGAACAGACACACGGACAGCUGUGAUUCACUGAGAGAUGGUGGGUCGGUGGAUGGGAGGAGGAGUGUAGCAGGGACCGAAUCAGAGAGUGAAGGCGGUGGGGAAGGAGGAAUGGGAGGAGGAAUGGGAGGAGGAAUGGGAGGAGGAGGUGUUUACACCAACCAUCCACAUGUUGUUCACCCUUUACAUCCCUUGCAUCCAAACAAUCCCAACAAUUUCCAGCACCCCGGUUUUAUUCCCAACAAUCCCAAUCACCCCAAUAAUCCCAAUUUUAACAACAUUCAUCCCAAUUUCAACCCCAACGCUGUCAACUCCAACAUGCCGUUUACCCCCACCGCCACCUUUGCUCCACCCUUUCACCCCCACCCUCAGGCCAUCACCACCAUCAGGGUGACCCCGGUAGAGGGGACGGCUGCCAGCAGCGACGGCGGCUCAGACUCCCAGUCAGUGGCCUCGUCCAGCCGCGAGUCCACACUGAGAAGGAAGAGCGGCGGCAACAUUGUCCACGUCCCCGAGCGAGGGCCAACCCCCGACCUCCACAACAACCACCGCAUGUGUGACGACGGCAACCGUCUCGACAACGAGAGCAGCAACCGUUUUCAUGAAAACCUCCGGAGUUUUCAAGAGAACCCCAUCCACCCCAAUCACCCCAAUCACCCCAAUCACCCCAACCUCCCCAACAGGCAGUUGCAGGGGAUGUUUGGCCGUCCAAGCCCAACUCCUCCCCCUACCUUACCCAGACCCAUCCUGACUCACACUCCACCUCCCACCCUGGGGCUGGCCUAUAAAGAAUGA